CGAAUUUACCAUUGUGAAAAUAUUUUCACAUUGUAAAAAUCUGUAAACAUCGGCGUAGAAUCGCCUUUAAUAUAUAAGUAUUUUAUAUAGAAUUAAUUCAAAAUGCCACCCAAGUUCGAUCCCACCGAAAUUAAAUAUGUUUACAUGAGAUGUGUCGGAGGUGAAGUUGGAGCUACCUCUUCUUUGGCUCCUAAAAUUGGUCCUCUAGGUUUGUCUCCCAAAAAAGUUGGUGACGAUAUCGCCAAAGGUACUGCUGAUUGGAAAGGUCUAAAAAUCACAGUUCAGUUGAAAAUUCAAAAUCGUCAAGCUACUAUUUCUGUAGUUCCAUCUGCCUCUUCCCUGAUCAUUAGGGCUCUUAAAGAACCACCACGCGAUAGGAAGAAGCAAAAGAACAUUAAACACAGUGGUAACAUUACUUUUGAUGAAAUCAUUGCUAUUGCCAGGCAGAUGAGGCCUAGAUCAAUGGCCAAACAGUUAUCUGGAACUGUAAAAGAAGUUUUAGGAACAGCCCAAUCAGUUGGAUGUACAAUUGAUGGUAAAGCAGCACAUGAUGUUAUUGAUGAGGUUAAUGAAGGGACCAUAGAAGUACCAGAUGAAUAAACUAUUAGAAUAUUUUUUCUAAGUU